AUGAUGCGGAAUCCAAACGCCCUCAUCCUCUCGAUCACUGCCCCGCGACGCCAGAGUACCCUGGAGGACGAUGUCGAUAAUUAUAAGGUACCGGAACCUGGGGCAAACAGGGUUGAAAAAUGGAAGCGCACGCUAUACAUGGGCUCAGUGACGUCGGCUACAGUUCUGCUGCUCAACCUGGUCAUGGUUCUAUGGGCGAGCCUUCGUGAUUCAGACGGUGGAACGGGCGUUCUGCGUGUAGACAAUUGCGAGCGUAUCAAGCAGCUAAGCACCGGGGUGCAUCUCUUGAUCAACAUUCUCAGCACGCUUCUGUUAGCUUCUAGUAACUUUGCCAUGCAAUGUCUCGCAGCACCCACAAGGAGGGAUGUGGAUAGGGCCCAUGCAAGGGGCAAAUGGCUUGAUAUUGGCGUCCCCAGUGUACGCAAUCUGCGGCAGCUCCCAAGACUGCGCUUGCUCCUCUGGCUCUGUCUUGUUCUGUCGUCUGUGCCUCUGCAUCUAUUUUACAACUCCACGAUCUACUCCUCCCUCUCAGUCAACAUGCCCGGUAUCUUCGUGGCCAACUCGAGUUUCGCUUCCUUGACUGCCGCCGAUAUCACGACCGCAUACAAUGAACAAUAUACGAAGGCCAAGAAUACAGACACCAUACUAACGUGGUAUCCCGACACUGUUCGAAAGGCUCUCAGGCUCCUGCGGAAUUCGGACACUCUGGAGCGUCUUUCGCCAGAACAGUGCAUCUCAGAAUAUGCUACCGACUUUAUAUCCAAGUACAACAGUGUGAUCAUCGUUAGCCGUGAGUUCAAAGGAUCGGACCUGCCCGUCGAGUCUCUUGCUUCCCAAACAGUUCCAAACCCCUUCUGGAAUCUUGACGUCCCGUAUUUUUGGAUAUGCAAGUAUGAGGCCGAGCUGUACGCGCGAAACAACUGUACGAAUAGCAGGCUGUCUGAUCUUCGUGCGCGAGACGAUUGGGUUGUCGGGGGGUACAAGGUGGAUUACUGUCUCGCUGAGCAAACCGCAGAAAAGUGCACGCUCGAGUAUAACAUGCCGCUUGCUAUAGCGGUAAUGGUAGCCAACUUGGCCAAGGCCGUCCUGAUCUUCCUGGUAGCGUUUCUCCUCGAGGACAAUCCGCUGCUGACAGUCGGUGAUGCUGUGACGUCUUUCCUGCAGUCUCCUGAUGAUGCACGAGUGGUAAACUGUCUCCUCUCGCGCCCAAUGCUGUCUGGCAAACGCUGGAGAAACAUCUCUGCCGAUAAGCCUCGAGCAUAUAUCGCGAAGCCAAAACGACGGUGGUCAUCCCUUUCUAGGACUCGCUGGGCCAGUUUUCUCUCAAUGUGCGUCACUCAUCUGGCUUCCCUCCACGAUAGCUAG